AUGGAGUGUGGAAAGUCGUCGUGGGGCCGGAUAGAAGUAUGCAUUUGGGAACCGGCGUUUUUGGAUAUCGAUACUACUACUGAGGGGAGGAGCGUUUCGGAUACGCAGCAUAUCAUCACUUUCCUAUUACGCGUUUCGUUGGAUGUAAAUAAAUACACAGGACGGGUGCAGAACAAACAAUUUUCAGAAGGGGAUGUGAAUCUUUUGGACGUGAUUGUGGAGGGGGUGCAAGUGAACUUUUUGAGGAUGAUUGAGCAUUAUUAUGGUAUUAUGGAGAGGAAUGGGGUUAAUUGGUAUUUGACUGUAGUUGACAAAGGCUUUUAG